UGUAUACCAGGACAAUUUCGUUGUGAACGAGGGCGAUGUAUUGAUGAGAUAUUAAGAUGUGAUGGCAAACCAGACUGUCCAGAUCAAACUGAUGAAAUUGAUUGUCCUGAUAGACCAUGUCCUGAAGGUGAUUUUCAAUGUGGACAAGGAACAUGUAUUGAUUCAGCUUUACGUUGUGAUGGUUUACCAGAUUGUCAGGAUGGUUCAGACGAA